GCAUUUCCAUUGUCAUUAUCAAAUCCAAACAUGAGCGAAGGCUGGUGACGUUGUUGUAAAUUCAUAAAUCACCAACACCUACCACCUCUGUCCUCCUUUGAGCCAGGCCCUCUAGGCCAAUUUUCAAUGCUGCGAGACCCCACCAUUAAGGUCAGCAUGCCUAAGAAGUUCCUCAGCCGCCGUGAGAAGAAUGGUCACCGUCGUAACGGAUCGUCCGAUCCAGCCACUAAACCACACCGUCCUCUGUCGGCCGAGGCCUUCUUUUCUAUAUUCAAGCCCGAAUCUCGACAGUCUACCAAUGCCGAUACAGAGCGAGAAAGGGAGGGAGCUAAGAUCGACGACAUACGGCGACGAGUUGCCGAUCUAGAUUUCCCCGUCCUAAGCGAUGAUCAGAUACGAUAUGUGCUUAAUUCUAAGUAUUCAUCUGGCGAUGUCGACAAAGCUAUGGAGCUACUGUUAUUGCAGCAAUUUUCCCUCUCCGGCAAGAUUCUCAGUUACAACCCAGCAGUCAACAUGCUCGGAGCUGAAAAUCGAGGAAAUGUGACCUGCUAUCUCGACGCGCUGCUCUUCGCUAUGUUUGCUAAACUUGAAUCGUUCGAGUGCAUGCUUAAAAGCGAUUUCAUGGAUGAACCACAGAGGAAGUUGGCCGCGCUACUGCGACUUUGGGUUAACAUGCUACGAAGCGGGAAGUUGAUUGAAACCGAUAUGACCCAACAUAUUCAGGACGCCUUGGCCGCAUGUGGUUGGAAAGACGCGCAAUUACUGGAGCAGCAGGACACAUCUGAAGCUUUCGCCUUCAUUACGGAGACUCUCCAACUUCCUCUCCUUACUUUACAGGUUGAUCUAUUUCAUCAAGGAGAAAAAGAUGAUGCAGAUCACAAAGUCGUCUAUGAAAGGCUCUUAAAUCUUGCCGUGCCUCCGGAUAACAACGGGAAAGGGAUCCGAUUAGAAGACUGCCUAGAGGAAUACUUUAACUCCCAGGUCGAUGUGCUGAGGGAUAGCCUAGAAGAGAAAAAGGUGGAACGAUCUGACGCGAUACCGACCCUACAAUCUGCCGAUACUUCCAACGAGCCUAGAAGUACGAUUCGUAUCGUUACCGAGGAAGAUCAGGAAGGAGGUACCACACUCGAGUCUGAGCAUGGCCCAUCUCUACAACGCAGGUGGACGAUACCCCAAGAGACGCAUUUGUCGGACCUUCAAACAGAUUCGGAGGCGGAAGCUUCAGGGUCCUAUAUAGCUUUACGACCGCACAGGAGUCGGACUGAAAGCAUAAUCCAACGAGUUGUGGUUGAUGAGCAGGGCAACUCGACCGAGUCCGAUACGGCGAGUUUGUUUCAGAGAGCCAAGCAGACAGCGGCGGUUGUUAGAGCUGUGACAAUACCAGCUUGGCAGUUCUUCAGACUUAUACCGUGGCAUUCCCCUGCCAACAAGGAACCCGAGAGCGACCUAGAGGUUGCACGGCAUUUCAGCCAACGACCCGUUGUCGGAAUCUGCCUGAAACGGUAUAUGAUGGAUGCAGAAGGUAACAUGAAACGGCAAAACACAUAUAUCGACAUCCCCGAUAGUUUGAGGUUGCCACAUUUUAUCGUCGACGAGAGGCGCGUGGAAGAAAGUGGGCUAGCUGCCGAGUACAAGCUUGUCCUUCAGUCCGUGGUCUGCCACCGGGGCGAUUCGCUGCAUUCCGGCCAUUACGUCUCCUUUUGCCGCGUAGCUCCCAAGCUUCUCACUGAUAACCGCAGACACGAUAGCGAUCCGCCCCCCGACUACGAAGAAGCUCAAUGGGUCAAAUUCGAUGACCUUUCAAUCGAGAAUCGAGUAACGCUUGUUGAUGACAUAAAGCAAUCACUCAAAGAAGAGAUGCCUUACCUACUCUUCUAUCAGAUUGUCCCGAUAGUAGAAGUAGCGGCUAGCUCGACCGAAAGCACAGACAUAGAGCCACCGUCAUACGAUGAUGCGGCCCUCAAUUUAACUAAUUCCGAAACUUCGGCGACGCAAAGUCAGGAAAGACUGUCGAUCUCUCGUCGGCCAAGCAGCUACUUUGAUAAUUUAGUCCCUCAGCCGGUGACCAACGGUGGGAUACGCUUUUCGGCGGACUUAGAGCUGCCGCCACGUCGCAGCUUCGCGGAUGAGGAUGGAUUUCUUAGCCUGUCUCGCCGGGGCAGCAUUCACAAUGAUUUUAAUAUCGCAAGCCCUAUGCCUGUAUCAGAGGGCCCCUCACCAGUCGUCACACCUGGGGAGGAGACUACUGCGCAAAGACUAAGUCGGGCUGCUGCGAGAUUUAGAAGCAGCAAUAAAAGUCGACCCCAAAGUCAGGCCGGUGAAAGCCGGAAGAGCUUAUCGGUUCCGAGAUUUGGAGUUUUCAUAAAGUCAAGCAAGGAACCACUGCGGGACUCAACAUCAUUGGAGGCCGAAGAUGAGUACGAAUUCGUUGAGAACAUUGAAAAGGAGCGCAUAAAAGAGAACGGCGCAGACGCAACCCCUACACCGAAAAAGGGGAAGUCGAAGUCGCAUCACGACAAAGGCAAGGGGAAGGAUAGCAAAAAAAUAAACAUGCCAGAUAGGGAAUGCAUUGUUCAGUAGUGCUAUGACUUCACGUGGAUGGGUUGGACUAUUGAUUUCGAAUAUAAGAUACCCGGCAGGCGUUGGUGAUACACAAGAUUUGCCGCAAGGAACAUCAAAAACGACACAGUCGAUCUGGGUAGGCAUACUCGGGUAACGAGCGGACUUUUCGGUGAAAUAUAUUGCAUUAGUAUGGACGAAUGGAAAAUGGGUAAUUACCUGGACAGCAUUCAAACGGCGUCUGUUUUUAAAUAGCGAGCGUAAUAAAAAUACGUCUUCUCUCGUAUUUGGAUCAGAAGAGUGCUCUUAUAGUAUGACCCUGCAUAGUGAAGUCACUGUGCGCGUUUUCAUGCCAUCUUGGUGAAUCACAUCAUACUCCCCUCCCCCCCUUUAGUUCUUGGACUUCUUACUGUAACAAUUCAUUUACUUAUCUGCCUACCUAGGGUAAUGAUACGUACCUCAGGUGAGCGGUCUCUUGAGAAUUUAGGAUAUGUUGGUAAGGAAGGGAAACUCAAAUAAUUCUUGAGCGGGUAAGACUUAAGAGACGUUGAAAUAUCGCGCUGUCGGGACGGAGCAGAGGUUGAUGGAUGAAUCCCCGGGGAAUGGUAGUCGGAGUCAGGUGGGUUUGGUAUAGGAGAGUGGCCUGUGAGGGUAGGAAACGACCUAGAUAUCUAGCAUAACAUAACAGAGG